CGCGCCGACUAAGAGGUAUUUUUUUUUACAAAAAAAUAACUCAAUUACAGAGACCUGAGGGCAGGCAAGGGCAGGCGCACUUUCUUGGCGCCUCUUCACCAGACUCCUUCCCGCCGGAUCGCUUUGCUCUUCGCCGCUCGCGUGUGUGAUUCAAAAGUGAGCUUGCUCGCAGGCUAUGUGACAUGUGACCUUCGACCGCGGCGGACUUUCCCUACAAUAAUCUUCAUCCAUCGACAUCAUGAUUAUCUACAAGGACAUCUUCACCCAUGAUGACAUGUUCACCAAUGGUUUCAAAAUGAAAGUAACAGAAAACGGUAUAUUCUAUGAAGUGGAAGGAAAUCAUCAUUACUCAGAAUCCACUAAAGUGGAUGACAAUAUGAUUGGUGGAAACAAGUCUGCUGAAGCUCCAGAGGAGGAUCAUACUGAAGAAUCUGUAGUCUCUGUUUGUGAUCUUGUGGAUGCAAGCAACCUAAAGGAAUGUGAAUAUAUGGAUAAAGAUAGCUACAAUAACCAUCUCAAAAAAUACGUACGUGCUAUUGUGGACCAUCUUAAAAAAAAGAGCAGGCCAGAUGAUGCCGAAAAAUUCAAAACCAAUGUACAAAAGGCAGCCGUAAGGAUCGUAAACAGCUUUGAUGACUGGAAGUUCUUUAAUGGAGGCAGCGACAGUUAUGACCUAAAUGGGAUGCUGGCAAUCAUGGGGUAUCGUUCCGAUCAAAAGACUCCCUAUAUGUUGUUCUUCAAAGAUGGGCUUUACGAAGAAAAAGUGUGAAAAUCAAAGCAUGACAAGACUGUCUUAAAUCACUCUAUAUGCUAUACUUUGUUAACUGAGCCCUGAGGGCUCAAUUGAGGGCUUUGUUAAUUGUUAGAAUUCCGUUUGUCGGUUUCGUUUCCGUUACUUUAUUUAUUUUAUGUGUCCCCUAUUAGUAGAGGGUUUUUUAUCCUCGGCUAGAAUGUAUUUGACACAUUAAUAAAGUUAUUGUUGUUGUUGUUGUUGUUGUCAUGAAUAAGUCGUUUGUAAGGCACCGGUAGGUGUUGACAUGUGUUAAGAGACGUUUGUUCUAGUCGGUCUGUUAGAAUCCCGUUUGUCGGAAACCUUAAACGAGACUGACUGAACACAAACGAGCCACGAGAAAUGGUGAUGCCAAAAAUCACAUUGCUGUACAUCAUCAA